AUUGUAACAACUGUAUUUUUAUGUGAAAAUCCUACAGAAUUUAGUAGGGUUGAAAAUAGUUAUGUUGUAAGAAAUGAAGUAUGGCCAAAAAUACCUUCUGGCAUCCACUAUUUUUGUCAGUACUUUGAGCCUUUUUGUAGAACUAUGUAAGAAAAUAAUACAUUUAAAAAUAUUCUAAGAAAGUAACUUUGGGGUAAAUCGAACUAUUUAAUGUGUAGAGCAAUUUGAUAGAAGGAUGCUGUUUGACUAAAUUAGGUCAGAUGACUGGGUACUGUCUUGGGGAGAAAUUGAGAGGACAAAUUUUCUAAGUCUUAGGGAAAGCCUGGAGCUCAUUUCUGUAUUAAGAAGUACAAGUUUCUAGCAGAUCAGUCACGAAGGUGAUUGGAGAAUAUAAAAAGCUCGCAAAAACAAAAUAGUGUAGGACUUGCUGGGGGUGGGGAGAAAAGUUUAGCAUCCCAGUUGAAAGCCUUUCCUUUCCAGACUGCUGUCUUUUGCCUUCUCCUGUUUGAAAUAAACAUCAGUCUUAGUUUUGGUGCUUGCAGAUCUAAAGACUGUGCUACAAAAUUAGCACCCUGUUGCAGUGGCUGUAAAGAGUAUGUCUUGACUUGCAGCUGAGCCCCUGAUUUUUCAGCUCUGGUAGGUCAGCUCGUGAUCAUAAUCAGCUUCUCCAGCAACACCGGAGCUAUAAAACAGCCAGCUAGGGCUUGUUCCAGGAUAUUUGCUACUAAAGUGGUAAAUCUGGAUAGUCAGCAAUUAGCAAGCAGGACAAAGACAGCCUGUCCCCCAACAAACAAGUUGUUGGGAUGUUUAGGCAGAACCAGGGACAAGGCAGUGAUACAUAGUUUGUGUGAGGCUAUCUGGCCAAUUGCUUGUUGACAUCUUACUGAAAGUCUAAAGUGAGGGAGGUGUUUAUUUUAGUAGGUCAUGCAAAUUCAGGCCCAUUAACUUCAAAGUGUUCUUAGGAUCUUUUUUCUCCUUCCUCCUUUUCUAUUCUUUUUUUCUUUUUUUUUUUUUCCCCAAAGGAAAAAUCAAAUACUGAUAUAAUUUUAUUGCAAUAGGAAUAUUCCAUGAUGUGUCUGAAGACACUCACUGGUCACCAUUUCUCAAUACAAGUAUUCACUACAUCAGAAGGAAUUUUCCUCAGCCUUGGGAAGAGACAGGAGUAAAAUUACUGACAUUACUACAAAUGGAUUGUUGUUGUGUAGGCUACAGAGAAGCUGGUGGCUUUCCUGUUUGGAAUUGCCUCACAUAUGGUGGCAGACGUUAGCUGGCACAGCCUGGGCAUCGACCAAGGAUUUCUAAGGGCCAUGGGAGAAAUUGAUUUUCAUGGUUCAUACUCAGAAGCUCACACUGCUGGCGAUUUUGGAGGAGAUGUGGUGAGUCAGUUUGAGCUGGACUUCAGUUAUCUGGCAUCAAAUUGGUAUGUGCCUGUCAAAGACCUAGCAGCUAUCUAUAAGGAAUUUUAUGGAAGAGAGAUCAUAACUGAAAGCACAAUUACUGACUGUACUUACCUGCUGUUUCUUGAACUGCAUGGAGAAAGGCUUGCUGUUGCCAAGCUUUUUCCAACCUACGCUAGCAAAUCUCCAUUUCUGGUGGAAAAGUUCCAUGAGUAUUUCCUCGGAGGAGUGGAUGACAUGGCAUUCUGGACAAACAAUAUUUUUGAGCUGACGAGCCAUAUGCUGGAGAAUGGAACAAGUGGCUGCUUCCUGCCUGAGAACCCUCUGUUUAUAAACUGCACAAGGGAGCACAAGGACAGCUACGUCAGAAAUAAACAAUCAAAAAAUGAACAUCACAAGAAUACAACUUCUUUGCUUACAGAAACACUUGAAAAGAAUAUAAAUUAUACAGAGAGAGGAGUUCACUUCAACAUACAAUCUUGGGCAACAAAUUCCCUCCACUUGAUAAAGCGUGCUUUUCAAAGCAAUGUCUGGAAAGCAUUAGCAGCUCCACAUCAAAAAUCUUCUAAGUACAUUUCCAAGCCAGCAGCUUCAUAUUUUCUGACUUCACCCUAUGCUAGACUUGGAUGGGCAAUGAUCUCAGCUGACCUAAACCAAGAUGGACAUGAAGAUCUGGUGGUUGGAGCACCAGGGUACAGCACACUGGGCCAUGUUCAGAUAGGACGAGUGUAUGUGGUCUAUGGCAACCAGUCAGGUUUGCCACCAGAGGACAUGGAUCUAGAUGAGAAAGCUGACCAAGUACUACAGGGUCAUCAGCCUUCAGGAAGAUUUGGUUCUGCCUUGGCAGUCCUGGACUUCAAUGAGGAUGGAGUGCCAGAUCUGGCAAUUGGAGCACCUUCUGUGGGAUCUCAGUUUCUUGCUUACAAAGGUGCUGUGUAUGUCUAUUUUGGCACUGAGGGAAGAGGCUUGGCAUCUCAACCAAACGUUACCAUAACUUGUCAGUAUUCCUACUGUAAUCUUGGUUGGUCCCUCCUGGCAGCUGAUGUUGAUGGGGAUGGAAAAGCUGAUCUGGUUGUGGGCUCUCCAUACGCACCUGGUGGUGGGCAGCAGAGAGGAUUUGUGGUUGCAUUUUACUCUUAUUUCAACAGGAGUGACCAAGGACUUCUGUCAGUAGAGGAUGCCAACUGGAUGGUGAAGGGGGAAGAAAACUAUGCUUGGUUUGGAUUUUCACUUGACAACUGCCAGCUGGAGAACGUCACAUUGCUGCUGAUUGGUAGCCCUACGUGGAAGAGUUGUGCAGGCUGCAAUCCCUUCUCAUCGGAUGUCAGACAGAGUGUUGGGAAGGUGUAUGGGUAUAACCCACCAAGCACAAAGCACUGGUUUGCAGUAACUGGAGACAAGGUGAUGAGCAGAAUGGGUUUGUCUCUGGCCAGUGGUGUGAUGUCUGUGGCUGGGAUCACAAGGACAGUUUUGGUAGUGGGUGCACCUACUGCAGAUAGCCUGUCUAGGAUUUCGUUUAUAUCCUCAGUGCUGCACCAAGCUGGACUGGCUCUGGUGUACGAUCUGACAGACAGCACCAAGCCUUCUUUGCUCAGCACAUUCAGCGGGGACAGGAGGUUUUCGCGCUUUGGAGGAGAUGUGUACCUAAGUGACCUGGAUAAUGAUGGACUAGAUGAAAUGAUUGUGACGUCCCCACUACGAACUAACGAUAUCACCACAAUAUUAUUUGGUGGGGUUGCUGGCCGUGUUUACAUUUACAACGGAAAGCAGGCAUCCUCAGGGAAGGUGACAGACCACUGCAAAUCAUGGACAUCUCCCUGUCCUGAGGAAUGGGCACAGUAUGUCCUGAUUUCUCCUGAGGAACUAUCAAGAUUUGGAAGUUCCAUUAUCACUGUGAAAUCUGAAAGAAAGAAAGAAGUUGUAGUGGCAGCAGAGAGAAGUUCAGCGAAAGCUCGACUUGGUGGAAGGCUUUUUGUCUACUCACUCUAGAAGUUCAUGGUGGCCUUUAAGACCAGGGCACGACUGGUCUUUUAGUGAAGAAUCUCUGUAGUAUCUGUGAUACUUUCCUUAACCCAUACAAACCAACAGACCACAACAGCAAACUUUUGAUAGACAUCCCAGGUAAUAGCUAGCUAGGGUCCUAGAUAGUAUUAAGGGAGGGAGGGGGAGACGGUCAUUGUUUUUAAGUGAAGGGGAAUAUGAGCAUUUAUGGUGGUUUGACUUAUAAACCAACCAAAACUAUGUCAGUCAUGUAAAAGCACAAAUUAAUCCUGUUGUGAGCAGUAGCAUCACUUAACCUAGAACAAGCAAGCUGGUCUGAAAACCUUUUAGAGGCUGAAAUGAGCAGGCAGCUGAAUUUUGGUAGUAAUUGGCUGUAUAAGGAAUGUUCAGUGGUCACCUUCUUUACUGGUCAGAUUUAUUUUCCUGACAAAACCAGGAAAGAAUAGCAUGUACUUUACAGAGCCUUGGAUACUGUGAUACAGGCAGGGAUUCUCAGAUAUCAAAAGUUGCUGUCAAACUAAUGCGUGUGUGGGAGGGGCAGCUCUAAGCCAGACAGAAAGGGGGUGCCCAUCAAAAGGACUGCCUCUCUAGCAAGUCUAGUGGCCUGCAACAGCUGGGAUCUCCCAGGGAGGAAAGCUGAUAAGGGUUGUAGGAAAUGCUUUUGCACUCAUGGCUGAGACUACUCUGAUGCUCUUUCUUUGUGUUUUCAUGUAAAAUUCCAUUACCAUAGUAACUUAGAAUUGUUAACAGUAUUGUCUUCAACUAACACAAAUUUUGUGUAAUGCAGGUUUAACAGAGUGUGCAUCAAUUAUCUAUUAAACAACUUGAGCAGCAAGAUGUGAUGCUAUUAUUACCAACACUAGUCUGCAGAUACAUACGUAUUUUCUCUCUCUUGCCUCCUUCACAAACAUACAAGCAUUAUUUUUAAUAACAGAAGUCAGUGGAAUAGCACUGAACUCUUAACGGUCAUAC